AUGGAAGCUUUAGGAGAGAAAUGUAUCUCCAGUGAGCUUCAGUUGGCUGGACCUGAAUAUGAUGGACAUUUGCAGGGGUUUUCUUCUCUUCCACCAGCUUAUUCUGAAGAACUAUUUGGUCCUGAGUUAUCAGACAAGGUGUGGCUGCAUCCUCUCAGUCAAGACGUGACAACACUGAAAAAACCGAGUGUUACUGUGGAUAAUACGUUGAGCCCGACUCAUACCUUGCUUCAGAUACAGUGUGUUGAUCAAAAGGGCUUGUGUUAUGACAUUAUGAGGAUUUCAAAGGAUUUUGGUAUUAAGGUUGCUUAUGGUAGAUUCACUUCAAGUGUGAAAGGCUUUCAAAAUAUUGACUUAUUUGUUCAACAAAAAGAAGAUGGGCAAAAGAUCAUAGAUCCCGAACGUCAUAAAACUCUAUGCGCUACCUUAAAAGAAGAGAUGCUUCAUCCUUUACGGGUAAUUAUAGUGAACCGUGGUCCUGAUAGAGAACUACUGGUUGCCAAUCCUGUAGAAUUGUCCGGAGGGGGAAGACCUCGUGUUUUCUAUGACGUUACAUUGGCCUUAAAAGCAUUGGGAGUAUUCAUUUUCUCGGCUGAAGUUGUUAGACAUUCGACACAAGAACGCCAGUGGGAAGUCUACAGGUUUUUGUUGGAGGAAAGUCGGGAAUUUCCAUUGGACAGCAGUAAAGCAAGAAGUCAGAUUGUGGACAAAGUUAGAAGAACAUUGAUGGGUUGGUAAUUUGGUUCAGUUCAUAUCAAAUAAAAAACACUGUUUGAGUAUUUGUGUUGUUGUCAUUUAAAUUUGGUUUAGGUAUUAGUUAUUUAACUAAUCAUGUAAAUUUGGCACUGUGGUAGCUGAUGGUGUUUCUGACUGAGGAUUGUUCCGAGGAAUUCUGCUAGUACCCUUGUUAUUGCAGACCUACCGGAGAAAUGUUGGUUUUCGAAACUGUUAGUGCUGAGUCGGCUACAAUUAUAUCUCAAGUGUGCUUCUAGGAAAUUCAAACCUAUCCAAUCAACAAAUCCAUAAGCAAUUCCCACAUGAAGCAAUGCUGGAAUAACAGAAAGGUAAACCAGUGGCAUCACUACAGAUUGUGUCUAUAGAAACCUCAAGAUGUUUUGCAAGAUGCUAUAUGCAGAUUGUGUCUUCUAGGAAAUUGUUAGAUAAUCACUGCAGACGCAGUCCUAUAGUGAAAGAAUUGUUAUACUUUGCAGCAGACUGAGGCCACCUUAAACUGUAGAUAUGUAAUGUUUGAAACUUGUAGUCUUUGUUUCUUGAUGUAAAUUUUCAUGAUUUUGUAUUAAUGUAUAAAUUGGAGAAUCAUGUAUAAAGAUCAAACAAGCAAAUGAAUAAUGUAAUUCAGAUUGAACAA